ACAAAUGCACAAUCAUCCAGAAGGUUUUUUUGAUAUCUAAUGGUCGUCUUCGUAGCACGGCAAUGAAGGCGGGUUGUCUACGGACGGAUGGUACAGAUGGUAGUAUCUUAAGACGCCAAACCUUAAUUUUCUUUUCGGCAACUGGCAUCAUGAAAGUGCAUUUAUACGUACUCAUCCUCGCGUCCCUCUCCUCCGUACGAGGUAGUGAUGGGGAAACGUACAAAAACGGUGUUUUGUAUUCAUACAAAGAAGCUUUGGUUUACUUUGCCGAUGCGAUACUUCAACCGCUGAUCAUCGCACCGGUGCCCACAGGACAAUAUUACACUGAAUUAACCGACGAGCUUAAGACAUUUAUUCGGAACACAGAAGCCUUCCAUGCCAAAAUCUUCAAUUUAAGCACCGCAGCCGAAGCGGAGAAAACCAAGAUGAAGGAUGAACUGCAACGGAAAACCAUGGAAUUCACCACCAUUAGCACCGAGCUGGAUCAGAAGCAGCAUAAAUUACAGCGUCACACUGCCGCAUUGGAAGGAAAGCACGUCCAGCUGAAUAAAGCCAACUACCAACUUCGCCGCGCCAGAGCGGAAACUGCACAGGCGCAGCAGGAAGCCGAGGAAGCGCAACGGGACCUGCAGAGGAAACGCAACUGCAUAAUUAACAGAAGAAAGCGGUUCAUCGGCAAAAUUAAAAGGUUCUUCAAAAAAGUGAUUAAUGCACCGUGUUUUAUCGUGCAUGAUAUCUACACCCAGAAGAGAAAGUGGGAUGCGGCGCGAGCCCGACAACGUGACCUCGAAGAUCGCGUGGACGACUUUGAUAAAGUGCUGAGCGAACUGAAUGCGGAGUGGCGCGCGCUGCAAAGGCUGGUGAGUGCAAUCAGCGCGCAAAAGCAAGAAUUAGAGCAUCACCUUUCUUCGAUGCGACGCCAACUGCAACAAGAAUCUGAACUGUCAACCAGUAUCACACUCUUUUAUGGGCAUAUUUCCAGUCUCUUUGAUCACUCAAGCAGUCUGCAAAACGUCAUCGACAAACUGAUUUCCGUCGAACUCGUUAUCGUCCCUCUGGAACAAAUAUCUGGCAAACUAAGCACACUACCCGGCAGUCAUGCAGUUAACGAGGAAAUCUCCGCGGCUUUAGGCCGUAUGAGGCAAAAUAUGCCCCUACUGAAAAGUAUUCUGACGAAGUAUCCUUUGUUCUUCCUCAAUCAUGUUGUUUCGUAAACGAAAUUUUACCUGUA